AUGCCUACCGCCAUCGUGACCGGCGCAACCGGAAUCACUGGACAUGCCGUAGUGCAGCAUUUGAUCGAAAGCCCGGAAUGGACCAAAAUCAUCACGCUCAGCCGUAGCCAGCAGCCGACGCCUCAUGACAAAGUAACACACGCGACGCUCGACCUGCAGUCGUCGGCCCAAUCGAUGACGGACUCGUUGAAGGACGUCAGAGCCGACUAUGUCUUCUUUUGCGCAUACCUGGCACGGGACGACGAGGGAGAAGCAGUCAAAGUGAACGGAGCAAUGCUAAGCAACUUCAUCGAAGCGCUGCACCACACAGGAGCCAUCAAGCAGCUCAAGCGGAUCAUCCUAGUCAACGGGUUGAAGCAGUACGGCGUACAUCUAGGACAGCCCAAGGAGCCGAUGCACGAAACCGACCCCUGGUUAGAGGGCGACCCAUGGCCGCCCAACUUCUACUAUGCCCAGCAGCGGAUUCUGGCGGACGCGGCAAAAAAGGAUGGCGGCAGUUGGAGCUGGGUGGUCACGUAUCCGCAGGACGUGAUCGGCGUGGCCAAGGGCAAUUUCAUGAACCUGGCCACCUCGCUCGGGCUCUAUGCGGCCGUCAGCUCGGCUCUGCCAGGACGGGAAUUGGUAUUCCCCGGCAGCUUGACCAACUACAUGGCCUUCAACUGCUGGACGUCGGCAACCCUGCAUGCCAAGUUCUGUCUGUGGGCAGCCCUCGAACCGAAAACAGGCAACAAUGCCUUCAAUGUCAUUAACGGCGACACGGAAAGCUGGCAGAACCUGUGGCCGCGGUUGGCGGAGCGGUUUGGCGCCAAAGUGCCGCAGGACAUGUUUCCCGACGGCGACGAAGGACAAUACAAGAACUUUGAAAAGUCACACACCGAACUGCCCACGCCGCCGCCCAUCGUCGUACAUGCGGACAAGAUAGGGCUGAAACAUCACUUUGAAAACAAACACAGCGUCGUCCACCAGCAGAUUGACACGGCAAAGUGGGCAAAACGGCCAGAAGUGGUCAAGAAGUGGGAGGAGAUCCGCGAUCGGUUCGGGCUGGAUCAAGAGGCCUGGGACAAGGCAACUUGGGCUUUUUUGACCUUCUUGCUGGGCCGGAAUUACUCGUGCGUGGCGAGCAUGAGCAUGGCGCGCAAACUCGGCUGGACCGGGUACCAGGACACAUGGGACGCGUUCGACGAGACUUUUGCCGCGCUUGAAGACGAGGGCAUCUUGCCCAAGGCGAGUGAAUUGAAGAAGUACCACUCGGGAUGA